AUGAAGACUUCACCAAACUUAUCAGGUGAUUGCGGAUUGAAACAAAUGUCGAUGGGUGUGGGGGACUAGGAGCCACGUGUGCUGAACCAGUUUCUUGAGUUAUGGUACCGUUAUGUGGUCCAAGUGUUAACCGAUUCUCAGGUUUAUUCAGAGCAUGUCAGCAAAUCCACCAUCGACUGUGACGAUGUUAAGCUCGCUAUUCAAUCCAAAGUUAGUUUCCGCUUCUCACAGCCUCCUCCAAGAGAGAUACUGUUAGAGCUUACUGCGGGCAGAAACAAGAUUCCUUUGCCAAAAUCUAUUGCAGGACCCAGUGUUCCACUCCCGCCUGAACAGGACACAUUGCUUAGUCCAAACUACCAGCUAAUUAUACUUUCGAAGAAGCCAGCUUCAACAGAACCUGAAGAAACAGAAGACAAUGAAGAUAUGACAAAUCCUGCACAACAAACAUCAGAGCUUCGAAGCGAAACUCCUCAAAGGAUCUCUUUCCCUCUCUCUAGACGACCCAAAUAA